AUGGGAAUAAGUCAUUCCGCGCCAGUUUUAAGGAAAAAGAAAAGCAACGUUUCCCUUACUGCCGAUGAUAAAGACGUCGAAAAUAUUGAGAAAAAAUAUUAUUUACCUUCAAAAAUUGAAGAUAUUGACCGAAUGCAAACUCAACAUUUUCUUUGUCAACACUUUUGGCAGUGUAAUUUUUCGUCUCCUAUCGAAAAUAUGUUAAAUAUGGGCGGAUGCGUCAUUGAUAUUGGAUGUGGUCCAGGUACAUGGUUACUAGAAAUGGCCACAGAAUAUCCAAUGACAUAUUUUACAGGUGUUGAUAUUGUCCCUGUUUAUCCAUCACAAAUAAUGCCGCGUAAUGUUAAAUUUAUUAAAGGCAAUAUUUUACAAGUAUUACCAAUCGAAGAAACUUUUGAUUUCGUACGUUUGAGUUCACUCGGAACUUCAUUUACCGAAAAAGAAUGGCCACAUGCAAUUGAAAAUAGUAUAAAAUUAUUAAAGCCCGGAGGCUGGAUCGAAAUUUGUGAAAUGGAUUUACUCCCAAAUGAUAUAGGCCCCGGUUUUGAAAAAAUAAUCGAUGCAUUUAAGGGAUUGCUGUCAAAAAGGGGUGUAGAUCCACAAAUUGUUCUAAAACUUGACUCGCUUCUUGCCGACUCAAAUUCACUUUCAAAAAUACAAUUCGAUCUUCGAAGGGUAACAGCCGGUCAUCCUGGUGGUAAACCUGGAAUUUUGUUUGCGGAAAAUUUAGCAAUAUACUUUAAAAUUGUACUCGCUCCGCAUCUUCAAACAUUCAUGAAUAUUUCACCAGAAGAAUACCAAAAAUUAUGGAGCAAAUGCGAGCAAGAAUUCGAAAGAGACGGAGUUCAUAUUAACUUAUAUCGAUUUUGGGGACGUAAAAUUUAA